AUGCCUCGACCGAAUGAACGACCCUACGUGCCCCAGUGGCUUCGAGAUGAGCGAGCCGCGCUCCGACGCAAGCACCCUAGCCUGCAGGCCCUCGGCGCCAACACCAACAACGGAGGCGAUAUCCCCGCUCACGACACCCACCAUGGAGGCCGGGCCCCAGGUGGUAACGAUAGCCGUGGAGGUCGAUCCUCCACUGGCAACACCCGUCGCGGAGGUCGAUCCUCUGGUGAAGCAAAUAGCGACCAACACUCCAACAACCCCCAUCGGCUGAGAGAAGUGCCGGAUGACGAGAGUAGAAAUACUCUGCGCUCCGAAAGCCACAGCACCACCAUUGCCCACCAGACGAACACCCUUUCCCCAACAAGAGACCGUGCCUUUUACAUCAAAGAGCAUCUCAAACAAGAGUUGGAGGAACGUGUGGACGCCUUGAUGCAGGACGGUGCUGAAGAUGUCAUGAUGCACCUGACCCCCAUAUACCAGACUGACCUCGCUCGGGCCCGUCUCAACGAUGCCCUCCGCGAGGAGGUGGUGGACUCGUGGGAUCCACAGGCUCACCAAGCGGCUGAGCAGGUCGAGUCCGGUGAAGGCUCAGUCAGGGUCGCCGAGGAUGUCGUCGACGAGGGUGAGGCUGGAGAUUUCUGGUGCGCCAACUGCGACCUCAUUACCCACAACAUGGGCCGCUGCCUCAACAUGCGUGUUUCAGAUGGAUCCGUUGAUGGGUGCAUUCUCUGCGACGACUUGGCGCACGACGUCGACCAAUGCCCGAAGUUCAUGCAAAUGACCAUGAAGGAGAAGGCCUACCUGCUCGUCUACGAUCGCGGAUGCCUCCCUCCUCUCAAGACGGAACGGGGAUGGUUUGGCUACCUGCUCGACUGGCUGAACUGUGAUGAGGCUGUUGAUAACAAUGGCACAAUUGCCUUACCUUCCGCCUUCCCAUGGACCCCCGAGUUCGCCAAGGAGCUUUGCCGUGGGUCGGGAUAUGAAACCACCGUUUCUCUGCAGGAUGAGUUCGACGUUCACGGAGAUACGACCCGGCUGCCCAGAGAUCCGGCCACGGCUAACUUUGGUCGUGUCUGGGAGACUUACGGGUAUGCCAAUGUCAGCCAUGAAGACUGUCAAUCUGACCAGUCUCGUCAACCGGAACGCCACGACUGA